AUGGCUUCUGAAGGUUCGAAGGACCUCCCCGUCAGGCCCGCCGGCGACGCCAAACCUGCUGGUAACGGCUCGCUCCCCGAUUUCAUCAUCGAGCGCAACAAUCUGUUCGAGGAACUGUGGCAGCAAUAUCUCGAGGAACUCAAGAACAAGCCCCAUCCCGAAAUCAACGUCACUCUGGAGCUUGGUGAUGGAAACUCUAUCAAUGUCACUGCGAACGCUUGGGAAACCACCCCCGCACAGCUGCUCAAGAACGUGCCCAAGGAUUUGAGCGCGAAUGUUGUUCUGGCGAGGGUUGGCAAGGAGCUCUGGGAUUUGGGCCGCCCCCUGGAGGGCGAUUGUAUCGUUUCUUAUGUUCCUUUUGACCACCCCGAAGGUCGGGAGGUUUUCUGGCACUCUAGCGCUCACUGUCUGGGCGAGGCCUGCGAGUGCGAAUUUGGAUGUCUUCUCUCCCACGGACCUCCUACACCCCAGGGUUUCUUCUAUGACAUGGCUAUGCCGGACAACCGUGUCGUCAAGGAAUCCGAUUGGUCGUCUUUGGAUAGCAAGGCCUCCCGCAUCUUCAAGGAGAAGCAGAGCUUCGACAGACUGGAGGUUACGAAAGAAAACCUCAAGAAGAUGUUUGCGUACAGCAAGUACAAAUUGCACUACAUCGAUAAGCUGGUGACCGGAGAGAAGAGCACUGUCUACAGGUGUGGUACCUUGGUCGAUCUGUGCAGAGGUCCCCAUAUUCAGAGCACCGGAAAGAUCAAGACCUUCAAGAUCAUGCAGAACUCUUCGGCCUACUUCCUUGGUGACCAGUCCAACGACUCUUUGCAGCGUAUUCGUGGUGUUGCUUUCCCCGACAAGAAGCAGAUGCAGGAACACCUGAAAUUCUUGGAGGAGGCCGAGAAGCGCAACCACCAGAAGAUCGGCAAGGAGCAAGAGCUUUUCUUCUUUGACGAGGCUUCUCCGGGAUGUCCUUUCCUCCUGCCCAACGGUACCAAGAUCUUCAACGCUCUUCAGUCCCUUUUGCGCUCCGAGUACCGCAAGCGGGGUUACCAGGAGGUUCAGACCCCCAACAUGUAUGAUGUCGGCAUCUGGAAGACAUCUGGCCACUGGGCCCACUACAAGGACGACAUGUUCAAGCUUGAUGUUGAGAAGAGGGAGUGGGCUCUCAAGCCCAUGAACUGCCCCGGUCACUUUGUGCUCUUUGGCCACCGUGAGAGAAGUUACAGAGAACUUCCUCUGCGAAUUGCCGACUUCGGUGUGUUGCACAGAAACGAGGCAUCCGGCGCCUUGAGUGGUCUUACCCGUGUCCGCAAAUUCCAGCAGGAUGACACGCACAUUUUCUGUACCCAGGACCAGAUCACGUCCGAAAUUGAGGGUCUGUUCGACUUCCUGCAGUGUAUCUACGGCCUGUUCGGCUUUACUUUCAAGCUGAAGCUUUCUACCCGGCCCGAGAAGUACCUGGGUGAAUUGGAGACCUGGAACUAUGCCGAGGACCAGCUCAAGGCAGCAAUGACCAAAUUCAAGGGCAACGACUGGACCAUUGACGAGGGUGAUGGUGCCUUCUAUGGACCGAAGAUUGACAUCACCAUCGCCGAUGCUCUUAAGCGAGAGUUCCAGUGCGCCACGAUCCAACUUGAUUACCAGGCGCCUAUCAACUUCAAGCUCGAGUACAUGUCGAAUGAGAAGGCCGAGAAGUCCGACGAGGCCACCAAGGAGGGUGAGGCCAAGCCCAACGAGCCUGGUCCCGGCCGCGCCCGCCCCGUCGUCAUCCACCGUGCCAUUAUCGGCAGCUUUGAGCGUUUCCUUGGUAUUUUGAUUGAGCACUUUGGCGGCAAGUGGCCUUUCUGGAUCAGCCCUCGUCAAAUCCUGAUUGUUCCCGUCAUGCCCGCUGUCAACGACUAUGUUGAGGAGCUGCAGACGAUUCUGCGCGGAGACAAGUUGAACGUGGACAUCGACAUCAGCGGAAAUACUAUGCAGAAGAAGAUCCGUACCGGACAGCUUCAGCAAUACAACUUCAUCUUUGUUGUUGGCGCCCAAGAGAAGGAGAGUCGCACGGUUAACAUUCGUAACCGUGAUGACCCCGCAACCCAGAAGCAGGGCGUGAUGAUUCCCCUUGAGGAGGCCCGCGAGAAGCUCCGGUCUCUGCGGAAGGAGCGGAGACUGGUCAACUCUCUGUAA